CGCUUUUACAUCUUCUCCUUCGUUCUCGUUCUCACUGGUUCUCUCUCUCUCUCUCUCUCUCUCUCAAUUCAAAGAUGCAAACCCUAAAUCCCAACAAUCACGAAGAAGAGUACUUCCCUUCCGCGACUCACUGCGAUUACGAUUUCGCUUACCAGAUCUGUGUCGCCGACGACCACCACGAUCUUGAUCUUGACCUAAUUCCCACGAAGAAAAGAAAAUCGCGACACGACGACGACUGGAAGGUCUCGAUUGUCUGGAAGGUGAUCAGAAGCUUUUACUGUUCCGACGACCGCACGCGGCCGAUCGUGGACGUCGAUUUCAAAACGGCGACGUUUCGCGAUAUGGAAUUUUGGCUGUUUACGGAAACUGACGAGAACGGGGUUGGAGUCAUCGACAGGAUGUUGACUGUAAUUGGGCGUAUCGUUGAGGACGGCGUGCCGUUUAACGACGUCGAAGAAAUGAUUGCGCAAAUACGGCGCGUCGUUUGUGCGGCUGUGAGGUCGGGAAGGCGGAAGGAGAAUCUGGAUAUGAUGGUCACGGUUCGAAACCAGUCUGGAUUGCCGCGGAGAGAAUAUGAAGCAAUGAACUCUUUUGAUAAAAUCUCAAUCAACACACGUUUCCAAUGUUGCUGAAGUGGUCAGCAAAUUCUCUCGUUCUGUUGAGUAUCUGUAAUUCUCUCUCAUGUUGGUGGAGGAUGAUAUGGGAUGGGUAUAAGGCGCAGAUCUUCUUUUCUACGGACUGUAAUGCCAAAGGCCUCAGUCAUGUCCAGGUCUUCAUGUUUCAUUCCAUUUGGGAGUUUCCAAUCAAAAUGGU